AUUUUCGAUUCUUCAUACCAUCAUCGUUCGCGAACCAAAAGAUCUGGAGGAGUUGGCGAACUCAGAAGCCAGGAUCAUGCUGCUCUACUCUACCAAGGAUGAGGCCAGGGACAUCAUGGAGACGGCUGAGGCUCUGGAGAUCACAGGCAAAAACUACGUGUGGAUCGUCACCCAGAGCGUGAUCGGCAGCGACCUGCUCACUCUGACGCACUUCCCGGUCGGCAUGCUAGACAACUUGGACCGUGGCUGCUUUGGCAACUUCUCAGUGCCGAGGACGAUCGGGGAUGAGGCCAGGGACAUCAUGGAGACGGCUGAGGCUCUGGAGAUCACAGGCAAAAACUACGUGUGGAUCGUCACCCAGAGCGUGAUCGGCAGCGACCUGCUCACUCUGACGCACUUCCCGGUCGGCAUGCUAGGACUACAUUUCGAGACUGGCAACAGGGAGGUGCAGCUGCAGAUCGGGCGCGCGCUGGAGGUGUUCAUCGAGGGCGCGCGCGCGUUCCAGCAGCAGCAUCCGCACAAGCUUAGUCCCCAGCUCUCCUGCCAGGGACACGGCCAGAUCCGCUGGCCGCAUGGCGAACUCUUCUACAAGUCAGUGUCGCUCUCAGCUGGCCGGCUGUGGCAGGCCACCGCGGGCAGGCGUGGAUGA